CAUCCUCACGCAAGGAACCAUCAUGCAGGCCCUGCAGCUCGCUAGCGUCACACGGCUGACCACCAGCAGGGUGGCCCUGCGUCAGGGCGCCCCCAAAGCCCUUGCCGCGCCCUUGCGCCGCUCCAUUGCCGUGCGGGGCUCCGCGGAUCAGAAGCCGAUGGCACAGGCCGCCCAGGAGCAGCAGCAGCUGGCUACCACCGCGGUGUUGGCUGCGGCGGGUCUGCUGGCUCCCUUUGUGCUGGAUGCUGAGGCCGCGCAGGCCGUGCCCGAGAUCCUGAAGGGCCGCAUCUUCUCCCUCAUCCACCCAGGCAUGAUGCUGUUCCUAUUUGGUGGCUCCGUGUAUGCCGGCUACCUGGGCUUCCAGUGGCGCCACGCCCGGGAGCUUGUGGGCAUCAUCAAGGAGAAGAAAGCGGCGCUGCCGCCUGCCGACGCCGAGGGCAACCGCCCUGCGUCGCCGCUGACCGCCGAGAUCUCGGCACUGGAGGCGGAGCGCAAGGAGCUGAUCGGCAAGAAGCUGAACGAGCAGCACAACAACUGGGGCAGCCUGCUGCUGGGGUUGGGCGUGCUGAUCAGCGUGUCGGGCGCGUUCAACACCUUCCUGCGCACCGGCAAGCUGUUCCCGGGCCCUCACCUGUACGCGGGCGCCGCCAUCACCGUGCUGUGGGCGCUGGCGGCCUCGCUGGUGCCGGCCAUGCAGAAGGGCAACGAGACUGCUCGCAGCGCGCACAUCGCGCUGAACACCAUCAACAUCCUGCUCUUUGCCUGGCAGAUCCCCACCGGGUUCGAGAUUGUGGAGAAGGUGCUGCAGUUCACCUCCUUCCCAUGACCAGCGCCGAUUUAUGCUGAUGCCUGCCCGCCCGCCGAGGAGCCUCAUUUUUGGAUAUGCGCCCGCAUGGAAGCCGCGUUUUGGAGCUGCGCAGCCCAUUGCCCGCAGCUGAUUGAGCGUUGCUGAUUAGCGGUUGCACCAGAGGGGCGGCUCAUGCUGCCGCCGAGGAGAGAAUUCUGCUGUGCCCAAACACUGAUAUACUACGAGAAAGCUAUCAUAAUGAAUUCAUGCAUGACUGCUGUACCCCCAAUGCCCUCUAUGCUGUAUACGUGCCGGUGUUUCGGCACCGCUGUUUU